AUGCCUAAGGAAAUCAACGAAAGCAUGCAACUUUGGGGAGGCCGCUUCUCUCAGGAAACCAACCCCAUCAUGAGUGAGUUCAACAGGAGCUUUCCGGAUGGAAAACUCAUGUACCGCGAGGACUUGCAGGGAACCGCAGCGUAUGUCCUGGCACUUCACACAGCGGGAAUCUUAACCGCAGAUGAGCUUCAAGAAAUUAACCGUGGCCUCGAAGUGAUAUUAACCGAAUGGGAAAGCGGUAGUUUCCAGGAAAAAUCCGGCGACGAAGACAUUCACACUGCCAAUGAGAGACGCCUCACCGAGAUCGUGGGCAAGGUUGGUGGUAAAGUGCACACGGGUCGCUCACGCAACGAUCAAGUGUCUACGGACGUGCGCCUGUACGCGCGCAAGCACCUGCUCUUGGCGCGCCAGUACUUAAAAGAUCUCAUCACGUGCCUGGUUCACCGAGCGCGGGAUGAGAUAGACGUGCUGAUGCCUGGGUACACACACUUACAGCGCGCGCAGCCUAUCAGAUGGGCACAUCUUCUGAGCUCGUAUGCCACGCAGCUAACCGACGACCUUCAGCGGCUGGAAAUGGUACUGAACAUCACUAACAGGUGUCCGCUUGGCGCCGGUGCGCUGGCGGGAAACCCAUAUCAGAUCGACAGACAGCUCUUGGCGGAUCAGCUCGGGUUCGCACAGGUCAUCGGUAACUCGCUGAUGGUUGUAGGGGAUCGUGGGUUUGUGACCGACUCUCUGUACUGGGGAUUUAGUGUUGCGUCCCACCUGUCGCGGAUGGCCGAGGAUCUGAUCCUGUACUCUACUGCAGAAUUUGGCUUUGUCAAGCUCUCCGAUGCGUACUCCACAGGGUCCAGCCUCAUGCCGCAGAAAAAGAACCCCGACAGCCUGGAACUCCUCAGAGGCAAAUGUGGGCGAUUGUUUGGUAACCUGGCCGGCUUCAUGAUGACAGUGAAAGGCUUGCCCUCGACUUACAACAAGGACUUGGCGGAAGACAAGAGGGCAUUGUUCGACACCCUCGCUACCAUCCAAAAUUCGCUGCAAAUUUCUACAGGUGUCUUUUCUACGCUAUCUAUCAAUACAGGGAAGAUGAGAAGCGCUUUGUCCACAGACAUGCUGGCCACGGAUCUCGCAGACUACUUGGUCCGAAAAGGCGUCCCUUUCAGAGAGUGCCAUAAUAUAGUAGGAAGAGUGGUCAAUGCUGCCGACGAACUCAAAUACAGCGGCAUAGACAUUUUGAGUUUGGAAGAGUUAAAGGCCAUCGAUGAUAGGUUUUUGGAGGACGUACAUAUUGUUUUCGACUUCGAGAGCAGUGUUGAAAAGAAAUCGGCAAGAGGAGGGACGGCCAGAUCUGCUGUGAUCGAGCAACUAGACUUUAUCGAGAGCAAGAUUGCCGACCUGUGA